UCAUUGAUCAUUCUGUAUUCACAUUCGUCAUUUUGAUGUAACAUAGAACGGUCGUGUUUUCACAGGGCUCAUUGUAGUUCGGACGAAAGCCCUCAAACAGUGCCUAUUCAAAUGUAGCCCAUUCGUGUUUCUCAUGCUACAGGCCAACUAAAACUACGAGAAGAAAACAAAUGAAAAUAUCAGUCUCCGUCUAAUUCUGUGACUCGACCGUCAUCACCAGCAAAGCGGCAGUUCUUCCUGAUGGGUUGAGUACGCCUACGUUCUGUGUUUGUGGUGACACCACUGACGCUGGUUAACAGUACACAAACUGAAGAAGGUGUAGAACACCAACACAUACCAACCGCAUCAGAUGCUGCCUCCGACCUUCAGCGGAGAGGAACAGUAACAGCAAGACCAGUUAACAUCAUUGAUGUUCACUCUCCCAUUGGAGAAAGUCAUCUACACCAACUGUCACUUCAUUGUUAUUAAAUUUCUUAAUAUCUACUUUAUUUUAUAAUAUUAUCUAUUCGCAAAAUGACUAAAAUACUGAAAGUCGUCGGCGCUUCGUGGCUCCAAACUAAAAUCAGUUCCUAUAUACUUGGACUCUUGGGAGUUCUCGCUAUUUUAGCACUUUUCGUUGGACAAAUCGAAAGGAUAAAAGAGGACGGAAACUAUGCAGCAACAGUGUUUUAUUCCGAAAAAACUGGCUACAGCAUUGAGUACUGGGGACAGAGUAAUGAGCUAGCUAAUAUACCGCGAGGAGUCGCCCGCGCUUACUUCCGAGGGGAAAUAGACACAGUGGGUUGGUCUCUGUUAGAAAUUGAAACUAACGGUACCUAUCCAGACGAGGUUCAAGCAUAUGCAGCAGGAAUCGUAGAAGGAGCACUAACCUGGUACCUGAUACAUAUCCACCUGGAGAAUACUAUCCGAGCGAAAUGCGAAGACCGCCCUAUUGAAAGGCAAUGUGACAAACUAAGGGACCACUUGGAUCGAUCGGCUAAUAUCUGGAAGACGUAUGCAGCCGAUAGAAGCUCUACCGACCCUUUCUGGCAUCAUGUAUCAUUGCACUACACGCAGAUCGGAGGUAUUUUCACGGGCUGGAAGCAUGGCGUUGAGAAAAGCCAGAAGGAGUAUGAAACUGACAUUUCGGACCUUUACUGGUUGAACUUUGUGUCGGAGGUUAUGGAGGUGCAGGACAAAUUGAAUAUAUCUUUGGUUGACCCCACCUUGAAUAUGUUGCCUGGUCUAUCGAGUGCCUUUGUCAGGGUUGCAGGAGAUGAUGCUGAAAAGAAACUAUUUGUCGCUCAUAAUGCGGCUGGAAGCUAUUCAACAAUGACUCGCAUAAUGAAGAGGUAUAAAUUUAAUUAUCACCUGACGUCGAAAGACCCAACGCCUGCUCCUGGAAUCACGGUAGACUUCUCUGGGUAUCCAGGAUCAGUUACCAGCCAGGAUGAGUUCUACGUCAUCAACGGAGAUGAUCACAGAAUGGCUGUUACUGGAACACCCUUAAGGAAUUUCAAUAAAAACUUGCGGAAAGACGUCAAUAUUACAGAACAGGUUCCCAUUGGUCCUCGUAUAUCAGCUGCUAAUCAUCUCGCCACCAAUGUCAGCUCUUGGGGCCACUUAAUUGCCCGCAGCAACUCCGGCACAGCGUGCAAACAGUGGUUGGUUGUGGACUUCAACAAGUUCGACAGCUUGCGUCAUAUUAAUGUAGAUGUUCAUACCGAGGACAAGAAGGAAGUUAUUAAAGAGACCAUGGUGAAUAACGAUACGAGACACACAAUAGUCCACCGGGCAGGCUCGGGUAGAACCAAGGGUCUAAUGUGGCUGAUAGAACAAAUACCAGGGCGAACCCACUCUGCUGACAUUUCCGAUGCCUUUUUAGAAAGACAAUAUUGGGCUACUUAUGGAUUACCCUACUUUAAGGAUAUAGCUGAAAUUACUUAUGUCACAAAGAUGGAAGAAUUGUAUGGAACAAUAUUCUCUAGUUCAGAGUCACCUCGAGCCAGAGCUUUCGAACGUGGUUUCAAGAAUGCGACGUCUGUGAAAAGUAUUUUGAAAUUAAUGAGAGUAAAUAAUAUAACAGCAUUGAACUCUUCGUCCGCACAUUGUGAUAACUGCUUGCUCAACAAAACUGCAUACUCUGUACUUGGUAUGAGAGGUGACAUUAUUGAAGAAUUUAAUACCCCGUAUGGAGUUAUUGAUACAAAAGUAGUAUUUGGAUCUUCCAAGGAUUCUUCAUUGCAACUCACGGGAAUAUCCAGCCCGCCUUUCACCGAAUACAACUCUACAGUACCAAUCAACAAGGGCAAUAUUGCGACCAUUUACACCGACAAAUUUGACGACGUACCAUCUCUCAACGGUCUUGAAAUACGAGAUCUCGUGCGGCAAAGACGACUGGAAGAAGAGGAAGAGGCGAUUAAAGAGCUCACAAAAGACGUCAUCAAACCUUUUAAAUGGUCAGAGAGCGAAUAUAAAGAUGAAGCACACGAAGGCCUACCCGACUUGUGGAACUUUGGACCUUUCGUUCCCAACUGGUCUUGGUGAAUCUCUGCUCUGACAAAAUAAUAAACAUAAUAAUUAUUUUUAAUGUAAUAUAGGGACUGUUUUAUACAUAAAUAAGAACCUAAUAACUGUCAAAUCUAAAUAAAAGACAUCGUGUUAAUCAAGUCAUAUAACCCCUGCCUGUUGGAUGUGUCACAAAACCUUGCCAUAUGAUUGCUUUUAAUGGCAAUUUUUGAAGAUUCUGUCUGUUGAUUACGUCACUAAAAUGGCGGAUUGUCCCUGUGCUAAUUCGCGGGCAUUAUAAUUCAAAUGACUUAAUAUGUACUUAAGCCUGUAGUGAAAUGUUUUUGUGUUAGUUAAUUUUUAAUUAUAUAGACUAUUUAUAAAUAUUGCUCGUCCGUCCUCCUAAUUGACCAAAUAUUGUCCAAAUUAGAUAAAUUUCAAAAACUUAAUUUAUACUUAAUUAUUUAUUUCUGUCAUAUUUUUUUAUUUUUAGCUAAUAAAUAGUGAUUCGUCAUAUAGCUAUGAAUUCAUCAUUCUAUUUAAAUUUUUCAGUAGAUGUUUUGUGCUAUGCUGUAAGUUAUUUUUAUUUUGUACCUGUCCUAUUUAUGUUUUAGGAAAUAUAUUUUUGCAAAUUUUGUCAAUUAAUAAGAAUGAAGUGACUUAAAGAAACAUUUUGAUCUACAAAUAAAUUGUUUCUACAAA